AUGGACGCUCGAUGCCACUGCGGCGCCGUCCGCUUCAAGACGCCGCUGGCCGCGCCGUUGGCCACCUACAUCUGCCACUGCGACGCGUGCAAGUCGCUGACGAGCUCGGCCUUUGCCAUGUCGGCCAUCUUUCCCAAGUUUCCGCUCCCCGCGUCGGACGUCUUGAGCUGCUACACGCGGCUGACCUCGACGGGGGCGACGUUGUAUUGCUACUUUUGCCGAAACUGCGGCACCAGGGUUGUUCACAGCACGGAUUCCAAGAAUGUAGUCUCUGUGAGGGGCGGCUGCGUGUCGGGCAUAGACUGGACCAAGGCCGUUCACAUCUGGACCAAGAGCGCCAUGGUGCCCAUCCCGGAGAGCUCCGAGUCGUACUCGGAGGAGUCGUCAGAUAGCAGCGGACAAGCGUCGGCUCAGCAGCUUCUGGACUGA